AUGAGUCGAAAAUCAACAUAUGCUGAUCAUCUAGCAAUUUCAGCAACUGCAGUAGUUUUAAAUAAAAAUAUUAUAAUACAUGAAUUAGUUAAAACAAUGGCCAUUAACUAUUCGAAUAAUGACACAAUAAUGGGUUAUAUUACAAAUAUAUCAAAUGAAAAUAAAAAAAAAAAAUAUUUUAUGAAGUUCACAAUGUUAGCUGAAAAUAAUGAAACAAUUGACGGUUGGGUUUUUAGUAACGUAGCUGGUAUUCUAUCAACACCACUUGGUUUGGCCUUGGACAAUUCAUUUAAAAAUAAAACUGGUUUAAAACUAUGGGGAUCACUUGAAAGUAACAAUGGUACAUCAACUUUUCGUAUGCAAUCAUGGUCAAAACAUCAAUCGAUUAAUCUCAGUUUUUAUCUUCAAACACCAUCAAAUAAUAUUACAUGUAUAACAGAUGCAUUAGCAAGUAAUGAACUUACUACAAUUCGUGUAUCCGUAAUUGAUAUUCGACCAUCAGAAAAUUAUACAAGUAAAGGAAUAACCCGAACAUCAACAUUUAUAUUAAUUGGAGAUCAAACAGCUACAUGUUACUUAUUAGUAAUCGAUUUAUCACCAGGUGUAUUUGAAAUACAAAAAGCAUAUGAUAUUACAAAAAUUCGUAAAAAAUUUUUCAAUGGCUCUUAUUUAUUGACAACUACAAUCGACACACAUAUAUCAUUAUCUAACACGACAGUAAUGCCUAAUAUUGAUAAUGUUACACAAACAAUGAAUAUAAACUUAAAUGAUCGAAAUACAAUUACAACAACUAUAAACGAAGUCGGACAAAUUCGACGAUUAUACAAUUGUUCAACAUGUCAAGGUGAUUUAAAUGAAGUUAAAAAUGCUGCUGCAUUAUUAUUUUGUGAGAAAUGUCAUCGACAUAUUUUGAAAAUCAAUGUUACAUUACAUGUAUCUACUACAAUAGUACUACAAAAAGGAGAAGAAAAAAUUAUUUUAUUCGUUAACGAUCAAACACUUUGUGAACUACUUGCUAUAAUUGGUGUAACAAUUAACAUGCUUGAUACAGAUAUCGUAAUUGCUAUGAUGUCCAGUACCAAGUUAACUUUCGAAUAUAGUGAAUUACGUAAAGAAUUACUUGCAGUUACAAAACCAAAUUAA